GAUCAAUACAAUGAAAUUCACUCAGAGAAGAAAAAUUCCACUGUCCUUUUAAAUAGUGCGCGAACGGUCGGAUCCAGUUUGAAUUUUUUCUGUUCUGGACGGUUAUGACAGAUAAGCGGCUUCGAACAUUAAAUAUCAACACUAAUGUAGUCAAACGGAUUCUGAAGGAAAAGACUAGGUACGAAGAAGAAGUUGUUAAAUGUACGGAGAUUUAUAACAAUAAGGUUGCCGCACAAGCUGAAGAGCAUGAUAUUAAAAUGGCGAGAGCAAUUUUAGACGAAUCCAAAAUGAUGAUUCCAGACUGCCAAUUCAGACUUGCCAAAGCUAUUAAGGAACUGGAAAGUGCUACUGAAGAGUGUGAAGAAGAAUUCAAAGACACAGAAGAAUUCAAACAGGCGAAGUGCCUAUUGCAAGAAUGCUUGAAUACAAGUUCAUAAAAAUGAGUGUGAUUCAUUGUAUUAUAUAGUGCUGUACAUUAAGAAUAGGGUUACUUCUCAUUCCAAUUCGUUUUAUUAACAAUUUAUGGAAAAGCAAUCAAUUAUUAAGUGUGUUAAAUAUUUUCCUUGUUUUUUUAACUGAAGGGUAGUGGAAAUCAUCCUCUUCCUCUCAACAUGUCUCUCACUCGCUCAACUCCCCACGGAUUGGAAAGACGCU